GUCCACACCUCCUUUGCUUCUGAGUGAAGUUCCAGGUGUGUGGACUUUGGACGAGGCAAGACCUUCCUUACCCUGGAAAGGAAAGCAGUUCCUGAAGCCUGGAGUUGAGAAUUUAGACUACCCUGACUUGGCAAGAGAAGCAGGCCAGAAGGCUUUAGCUGAUGCACAGAUCCCUUAUUCGGUAGUGGAACAGGCAUGUAUUGGCUACGUUUAUGGUAACUCUACCUGUGGGCAGAGGUCUAUCUAUCACAGUUUGGGACUGACUGGAAUUCCUAUAAUAAAUGUCAACAAUAACUGUGCCACUGGUUCUACUGCUUUGUUUAUGGCCCGGAAUCUGAUUCAGGGUGGUGUGGCAGAUUGUGUCUUGGCUCUUGGGUUUGAGAAGAUGGAGAAGGGAGCCAUUUUAUUAAAUUCUUCACAGAAGACCAAUCCACUUGAUAAGCAUGUUGAGGUCUUCAUCAAUAAAUAUGGAUUGUCUGCCAAACCAGUUGCUCCUCAGAUGUUUGCAUGUGCUGGAAAAGAGCACAUGGAAAAAUAUGGAACAACAGUUAAACAGUUUGCGAAAAUUGGAUGGAAAAAUCAUAAACAUUCAGUUAAUAACCCGAAUUCCCAGUUCCAAAAGGAAUUCAGUUUAGACGAAGUGAUGACAUCUCAAAACGUUUUUGAUUUUUUGACCAUCUUACAAUGUUGCCCCACUUCAGAUGGUGCUGCAGCAGCAGUUUUGGCUAGUGAACAAUUUGUACAGAAGUACAACCUGCAAUCCAAAGCUGUGGAAAUUUUGGCACAAGAGAUGGUAACUGACUUGCCAAGUUCAUUUGAAGAGAAAAGCGUUAUUAAAGCGGUUGGCUAUGAUAUGAGUAAAGAAGCUGCCAAAAAGUGCUAUGAGAAAUCUGGCCUGACACCAAGUGAUAUUGAUGUUAUAGAACUUCAUGAUUGCUUUUCUGUCAAUGAACUCCUUACUUAUGAAGCACUGGGACUCUGUCCAGAAGGACGAGGUGGAGAACUGGUUGAUAGGGGAGAUAAUACUUAUGGAGGAAAGUGGGUCAUAAAUCCUAGCGGUGGAUUAAUUUCAAAGGGACAUCCACUGGGAGCUACAGGUCUGGCUCAGUGCGCCGAGCUCUGCUGGCAGCUGAGAGGGGAAGCCGGAAAGAGGCAAGUUCCCGGUGCAAAGGUUGCUCUGCAGCACAAUCUAGGCAUUGGAGGAGCCGUGGUUGUGACGCUCUACAAGAUGGGCUUUCCUGAAGCUGCCAGAACUCAUCAGAUUGAGGCUGUUCCAACCAGCUCUGCAGUUGAUGGAUUUAAGGCAAAUUUGGUCUUUAAGGAGAUUGAGAAGAAGCUUGAAGAGGAAGGGGAAGAGUUUGUGAAGAAAAUCGGUGGUAUUUUUGCCUUCAAGGUGAAGAAUGGCCCUGAGGGGAAAGAAGCUACUUGGGUGGUGGAUGUGAAAAACGGCAAAGGAUCAGUGCUUCCUAACUCAGAUAAGAAGGCCGACUGCACAAUCACAAUGGCUGACUCGGACUUACUGGCUUUAAUGACUGGUAAAAUGAAUCCUCAGUCGGCCUUCUUUCAAGGCAAAUUGAAAAUCACUGGCAACAUGGGUCUGGCUAUGAAGUUACAAAAUCUUCAGCUUCAGCCAGGCAAAGCUAAGCUGUGAAGAACUCCCUUUGCCUGCCUUUGAAAAUUAAGAUGAGAUAUAUAGAUAUAUAUCCAUAUAUUUCAUUGUCAAGGCUUGGAUGGAAACUACACAUUGGCAAACAGUGUGAGAUUUGUCUUUAGUUGGGUGUGACCAAUCUUGUUUUUCCUAAGCUCGGGGUGGACAGAGCCUAAUAGUGUACUACUGCUUGCUGAAUUGCAUAGAACUGUGCAUUACAAAGUUAAUAUGGUAAUUAUGGUUUGGGGUAAAACUGAGUUUCAGAAUAAAAUUAGGAACAGCAAAAUCUAAAAACUAUGUAAACAGAAGCUCUCAUUUUGCUUAUAAAGUAUGUUUAAAGAUCAUUCUGCUGAAGAUUCAAUUUAAGUUUUCCUUUGGAGAACUAGGGAAGAAACCGAAUACCAGGAGCUGGCCAAUAAUUAGUGUUGUGCACUUAAUGACUUUAAUCUAUUUUUCAUUAAUAGUUUUUAAAAUUCUGUAGCGGGCUGUUUAAAAAAAAAAAAAAACUUAAAUUUUGCAUUUCACGCCAUCAAAAUGGUACUUUCUUCCCAAAUCAAAAUAAAUCUGAUCAGAGCCUGGGGUGGUGGCGGGGAGUCUACAGCUGAAUGCAGCCUAUUUUUAAAGUAAAAAUAUUUUUUAAAUGAGUUUCCUUCUUGAAAAAAAUCAGUGUAUUGGUCAAAAAAUGCUGUUGUUAAAAAUAACUGAACAAAUAAAGUUUGCUUUGAGAUGCACAGGUUUCAAAGUAUAAUCUCAUAUUUAAUUCUGUAAAGCUCUCAGUCCCUUGUUCUCAUUUUCCUUUUUCAUAUAAGUUUAAUUAAUUAUGCACAUUUAAUUUAUCUUUCUUCCUGUUUUUUCUAAUGCUAAUGUUAUUUCUUAUAACUCAGUAAGAUACGGAGUAAAAUAAUGCUUUUGGAAGAAUGUUUAAUAGAAAAUUAAAAUAGCUUUUCCUGA